ACACCCAAAUAUAACUCUCUCUCUCUCUCACCCUUACACAAAUAUGGCUUGUAAUAUGCGAACUGAUCUUCUUAUUUCCCAAAUAUGUCCAACCAGUGGACAUGUUAGUGUUAAGAGAAGAAUAGGCAAUGCCUCUGUGGUUCGUGCUGUAGUUGUUGAUCACAACACUUUGGUUAAGGAUAUUAUCGGUUCGACUAGGAGUUUGAUUAUGAGGAGGCCGACAUUGCCAAAGCCACAACUAGUUGAAGAAACUGAUCAUGAAAGGAAAGGAUGUAAAGGAAAAUUUGGGAGGUUUGGAGGGAAUUUCGUGCCAGAGACAUUGAUUUCUUGCUUGAGCGAUCUUGAAGCUGAAUUCAAUUUGGUUUUGCAUGACGCCCAGUUUCAGGCUGAGCUAGCAACGGCACUAGGAGACUAUGUUGGGAGGGAAACACCUCUAUACUUUGCCGAGCGGCUCACAAAUCACUACAAGAAGAACAAUAAUGGAGAAGGCCCAGAUAUAUAUCUAAAAAGAGAAGAUCUGAACCAUGGUGGAGCACACAAGAUCAACAACGCCAUAGCCCAGGCCAUGAUUGCCAAACGUCUAGGCCGAAAAAGUGUUGUGGCAGCCACUGGUGCUGGACAACAUGGUGUGGCCACAGCUGCUGCAUGUGCCAAACUUUCUUUACAGUGCACAAUCUUCAUGGGUACCAAAGAUAUGGAGAAACAGUCUUCUAAUUUGGUGUUGAUGAAGUUGCUGGGCGCUGAGGUUAAAUCAGUUGAUGGAAAUUUUAAGGAUGCAACCUCGGAGGCCUUCAGGGAAUGGGUGGGAAACUUAGAGAGCAGCUAUUACUUGACAGGAACAGUAGUGGGGCCUCAUCCAUGUCCAAGCAUGGUCAGAGAGUUUCAAUCAGUGAUUGGAAAAGAAACAAGGAGACAAGCAAUGGAGAAAUGGGGUGGCAAGCCUGAUGUGUUGGUUGCAUGUGUAGGGAGUGGCUCUAACGCAUUGGGGUUGUUCCAUGAAUUUAUUAAAGAAAAAGAUGUGAGGUUGAUUGGAGUUGAGGCUGGUGGGUUUGGCUUGGAAAGUGACAAGCACUCUGCAACUUUGGCUAAAGGUUAUGUGGGAGUUUACCAUGGAACCAUGAGCUACUUGUUGCAAGAUGAGGAAGGCCAAAUUAUAAGGCCACACUCAGUUGGCGUGGGGCUAGAGUACCCAGCUGUUGGCCCAGAGCUGAGCUUUCUUAAAGACACAGGACGUGCAGAAUACUACAGUGUCACGGACAAGGAAGCCCUAGAUGCUUGCCAAUUGUUAUGCAGAUUGGAAGGUAUAAUUCCAUCGUUGGAGGCCUCUCAUGCAUUGGCGUUUCUGAAUAAACUUUGCCCCACUUUGCCUACUGGUACAAAGGUUGUGGUAAAUUGUAGUGGGCGUGGAGAUAAGGAUGCGGAAAUGAUUUUAAAUCACAAAUAUUACCCAAUGGAGAAACAGUUCCCUGCUUCUCAAAACUUGUAGAUAUGUGCAAUGACAAGCAAAUAAGGCGUGGCUGUGGCACCA